AUGCACAAAAUCGACGAGAUUCCUUGUGGGAAGCAAAUGCCAAUGCUUGGCACGACGCUUGCGACAACAAAACUGUUGUCGUUCGACUGCUGGGAAACGUGGACGAGGUCGUCUAAUCGCCGAUCACCGAAUCUCGCUCAAUAUUGGACACUUACAAAAACCAUUCCACUUGCUCAACAAGGGUCUUUUGGUUCAACGGAUUCCCGUCGAUUCUCACAAAGCCACAAAAAACAAUGGAAAGAUCCACAAAUCUGGCGUCUCCACAAGAAUGCCUCAAUCACCAGAGCGGUGAUGUUCGAUCGGAGUACGGGUGGAACGUGCGAGGAAUGUUUGGAGAAAUGUACACAAGCACAACACGGCUCAUGGCGAUGUCGUUCCUUAACCUAUGAUUGGAAAUGGUCAAUUUGUGAUCUUUUCGCUGUCACGAUCACCAAAAAGCCAUUCAAUAUUGUCUCCUAUGAACAAAGAAGCUAUUUCGAAUAUAUAAAACCUUUGAUCGCAAAAAAGGCUCAUGGGGUGGUGAAUGAAAAGGAGAAAAUCGAAGAAGAGAAAGAUUUCACCUGUGUAUCAAAGCUUUUCGCGUUGGCAAAGAAAUUCAAAAAUGAUCGAGAAAUCUUAAAACGAGCCGCCACAGCGAUCCACGGAGUGUCGAAUGUUGUUGACAAAUUCAUAAUGAACACGAUCGAUCAUAAACUCCCCAGCGCGUUAGUCACAUCAAAUUCGAGUGUUUAUGUGGAAAAAUUAUGUAUACCCGAUGAAAUUGAUGCGUCAAUGUCAACAAUUUUCGCCGUUCGCGACCACCUUCUCGUCGGUUUCGUCGAACAAGUUGAAACAACACAAACAUUUGAGGAGUGUAUCGAAUUUUGUGUGCUGGCUAGGGAAAGGAAUGACCACAAAUGCAAAUCAGCCAUGUGGUACGGAACGGAUACGCAUGAAAAUUGCCUCUUGAACUCGGAAUCGAGACGAAGCCGACCUCAGGUUUUCACGAAAGAAGACGUGCCGAUGAUCUAUUUCGAGCUUCCUCAACCCUCCACACAUAAAAUCAAUCGAAAUAUUCAAAGGGACCAACCGUUCCCCUCAAAAUGGACCCAAUGGUCUUUGUGUGGAGAAAAACGCGAAAAAUACCGCUUCAAGAAAUGCUCUCUGAAAGACAUCCGAAAAUGCGUGAAACAACGAGUUUCUUGUGAA